AUGUCUGACCAAUUCGCACAAUUCGCCGAGAUCCCUAGGGAAUUCCUUAAAGAUGGAACUCUAUUCAUCAACAGAUGCACUAAGCCGGAUAAGAGAGAGUUUAUUAAGAUCUCACAGGCCGUCGGUAUCGGUUUCAUUGUCAUGGGCGCCAUUGGCUUCAUUGUUAAGCUUAUUCACAUUCCCGUCAACAAUAUCUUGGUCGGCGCUGCUUAA